GCAGCCUAGAGCAAGAGGGACUACGCCUGCUGGAGCAACAUGAAGAUACAUAUUUGGCUCCAGAAUACCUCGUACUGUGCUCAAAACAUGCAGGAUGAUUUACUGAUGGACAAAAGCAAAGCUCAGCCUCACCAGCACCAAGAGCCGUCAAAUACAGAGCCUCCAUCCACCCCGACCCCCUCCGAGCCUCCGGUGCUGGACGAGCAGAACCACGUCGGUCACAACGAGCGGGUCGCCAUGGAGUCUCCGGUGUUACCGGGUUUGGGUUUCCCUCAGGAUUCCUCUCUGUCGCCGUCGUUCGGCAGCACUUGGUCCACCAACGCCGUAGACGAAGGCUUUUUCCAAGGGAUUCCGCCGGUAAACGGGACGAUGCUUUUUCAAAACUUUCCCCAUCACGUCAACCCGGCUUUCGGGGGUAAUUUUUCCCCGCAGAUGAGAAGGUCUCCGCUGAGUGUGAACCAGAGGAACCCCUACAGCCACCAGACGCUCAUCAAUAAAGUGUCCGCGUCGUCCGCUUCUUCGUCCGCCUGGAAUAACCAUCAGAACGCGGUGUGGAGCUCCGCGGCGAACCCCUGGAGCGGCAGAGACCCGCGGAGAGCGCUCGGGCUCGGCGUCCCGUCUCCGCUCAACCCCAUCUCCCCGACGAAGAAGCCCUUCCCGAGCAAUGUCAUCGCGCCCCCGAAAUACCAGAGACCAGGAGCCCUGCAGAAACCCUGGAUGAUCUCAGAGCCUCCGGAGCCCUUCAGAACCGACAACAGCAACAACAUGCUGCCAUUUCAGGAAAGGAAUCGCCCCUUUGACCCAUUCAACUUGCACACUUUGGAGAAUUCCUUAAUGGACAUGAUUGGGACAAACCAUGACAAAGGUCGCAUGGGUCUCAACUUUCACCAUCCAGUAGCUGAACAUAUAUUACCACUGAACUCCAGGAGCUAUGGCCGCAGAAGAGGUCGCUCUUCACUGUUUCCUUUCGAGGACGGCUUCCUGGACGACGGUCACGGUGAUCAGCGGCUGACCUCUGGCCUGAGCUCGCCCAGCCGCUGUCAGAACGGAGAGAGGAUUGAGCGCUACUCCAGGAAGGUGUUUGUCGGAGGACUGCCACCAGACAUCGAUGAAGAUGAGAUCACAAACAGUUUCCGUCGCUACGGUCACCUGGUGGUGGACUGGCCUCAUAAAGCAGAAAGCAAAUCCUAUUUUCCCCCUAAAGGUAAUGACAUUGACAUCAUCUCUCCUGCAGCACUUCAAUACAGCUGCAGAUGUUUAACAGUUCAGUGUGAGCACUCAGUUCAGUGUCUGCCGUCAGCAGCGGUUAUGUGCUUCCUGUGUUCUGAGCUCUUCUGGUCUUGGCUGCAGUCUGACUCUGUGCAGCCAGAGAUUGUCUCAUCUCUCAUGCUCUUCCUUCUGCAGGUUUUUCGUUCUCAGGUCCAGAUUCGCCCGUGGAACCUGAGUGACAGUGAUUUCGUGAUGGAUGGCUCUCAGCCUCUCGACCCACGCAAGACCAUUUUUGUGGGAGGCGUUCCACGACCUCUACGAGCAGUGGAGCUGGCUAUGAUCAUGGACCGACUGUAUGGAGGUGUGUGUUACGCCGGCAUUGACACUGACCCAGAACUCAAAUACCCUAAAGGUGCGGGCCGAGUGGCCUUCUCCAAUCAGCAGAGCUACAUCGCUGCCAUCAGCGCCAGAUUUGUCCAGCUGCAGCAUAAUGACAUUGACAAACGGGUGGAGGUGAAGCCGUACGUGCUGGACGAUCAGAUGUGCGAUGAAUGUCAGGGCGCUCGCUGCGGAGGAAAGUUCGCCCCUUUUUUCUGUGCCAACGUCACCUGUCUGCAGUAUUACUGCGAGUACUGCUGGGCGAGCAUCCACUCGCGCGCCGGCCGAGAGUUCCACAAACCGCUGGUGAAGGAGGGCGGAGAUCGACCUCGGCAUGUGUCCUUCCACUGGAGCUGAUGGCAAGCGGCACA